UUCAUUUGAACCUCAUAACAGCCAGAAACAAGAGAACGGAAAGCAAAGAAAACAAUGGCGGAAGACACGUUGUAUGUUCAACUGCACAAGCUUUCAUCUGUAAAGUCGGAGGAAAUUAUGGACCAAAUUCUCACUACCCUUUGGAAAACCCGACGCUCCGGUCUUCCUCCGCCCGACAAGUCUCGCUUCCAAUCUCUCCUCUCACUCCCCGAGAUCGACCCCGUAUUGGCAUGCCUUCGAUUGCUUAUCAGGAAAUCCGUACACGAAAAUUACAAUGGCGAUGAUCUUUUGAAGCUAUUUCCGCCUGAUUUGUCACUUGAUUUGCAAAGUCUUCUAGUUCUAUCGUUGCGGAAAUAUCAGAGUCAAUGGAAGGAAGAAAUAGCAAAAGAACAGCAUCCACAUUCAUUGCCAAGGACCAGUGUUUCCUAUCAGAUAAAGGCAAACACCCCACCAUUGUUCACAUCUUUGCCAUCUUCUGAUAUUCCGACAUCCUUGUGGCCUCGUCAACAUGAUCCUAGUUCCCGCAUUAACCUUGGUGAUUUUGGAGCUUUACCAAUCAUUGCUGAUGCUCCUGGUUUUCACCUGGCUCCCUUGUCAAUGCAACAGGAUGCCGAUCCUCCAGGCAAUCUGGAAGUUUUACCCCGCCUUAAAUCAAUGACAUGGACCAUGGAGAAUCUCAACUCAGCACCAGCCAAUAGAGUAGCUAUUAUCCAUCUUAAGCUUCAAGAUUAUACCAAAUCUCCUUCAGAUGAGAUAGAAGUGAAAUUUCAGCUGACUAUAGACACACUUGAAGCCAUGUUGAGAUCAUUGACUUACAUCAGUGAACAACUUUCAAACACGGCUGGGACUUCGACGGAGCCGGCACAGAAAAAGCAAAAGCAAUAGAACUGUACGGCCUUGGUUUGUUUCUUCUCUCUUUCUCUUUUGUACCGACAUUCUAUAUAGAUUCAAACCUGCAUGUGAUCUCAU